GCGAGGUAUUGCCGAAUAUUCAGUGGGCGCACCAUUGCAUCAGCGAUUGCAGGCGCUUGGGCGCUGGCAUGAGCGCAGCGCGGCGCUUGCCAGUCACCUAUCGGGCUCUUCCUAGCGAUGAGGCUGUCGAGCCUCACCUCGCACUGCUCAAGUCCAAAGUGCUGCCACUCACCGAUCUCGAGUGGAAAUCUGCUUCGAGAGCUAGCAGAACGAUUCGUACGCUCGAAGUCGACUUUCGCAGGCUUAGCGACAUUUCUGAGACAACUCUGAGCGGUGUCUCGGCUCAUGCAAACCUGCUCGAACGGCCACAUCUGCACUUGCUCUUCGUAUUUUGCGAUGACAGCGACCUGUACCGGUCGACUGCUCGUCAACAGAUCCGAGAAUGGCUAGACUUUGUCACUGCAAAGCGCAAUCAAGAAUGGAUCAUCAUCUCCCUCUCUGCUGUUCCGCGCGCCACUUCGUCCAAGUUCUAUCAGCGCAAAGGCGCCGUCUCGGACAAAAUUCGUGCAGACUUCAAUUCGGGCAAGCGGGACAGAUGCGUUCACAUGACAAUGACAGCAGCGCCCAGCGCGGAUCUCGUGCUAGAUCAUGCGACGAUCGGUGAUCUGUCCAGCAAGCUCAAGGAUGCUAUCAUGCAAACAUUUGAUGUCAAUCUCACAGCUUACGAGGAAGAGGUCAGAAAGAGUGACGCCCAGAGACAAAUACCAGGCUGGAAUUUCUGUACUUUCUUCAUACACAAAGAAGGCCUGGCGCACUCUUUUGAAGCGAUGAACCUACUCGAAGACGCCCUCAUUCAGUACGACGAGCUAGAGGCUUCAUUCUUUCAAACGCUAGUCGAAAGCAAUUAUGCUUGGUUGAGCGGUAUUGAUUCGCUCGCGCUCGGCGAUGACAUUUUACCGCUGCAACAAGACAUAGAACGGAAACCAUACCGUCAAUUGAUAAGAUCGAACGAGAUCACCAUCUUUGACUUCCGGAUCUACCUUUUCAGUCGUCAAAUGAAUCUUCUCGGCCGUAUGGGCCGUAUCGUCGAAUUAGCAAAGCGAUCCCUCUUGUUCAUUGGCGCGUUCUCAAGGUCGCUGCGCUCAUUGGCACCACCAGACCAUGCAGCUUUCAUCGAAUCUUGGACGUACUCUGCUUGCAUAAGCAUCGUCACAAUGUGCGAUCAGCUAGCGAACUCGAGGGGUCAAGAUGCGCUCGAACUACCUGGCUUUGCUGCUCUUCGUUCAGAGCUUGUCGAGCUGGCGCGAAGGCAGCUAGAAAGGCUAGGACAACGACUGACUUUCCUCCCAAACGCUUCGCCUGUCGUCGAUGAUGUCGUACAUAUGGAAAACACUGUAGCUGGCGGGCCGGCUAGUGCAGCACCGCCUAUCAGCAACAUAGAGUUUGCGGCUGCUCAGAACAGCGAAGAAUCCUUUGAUCAGCUCUAUAUCCGCUUAACUCACAAAGCUAUCGAAGGCUAUCAAAUCAGCGGCAGGAAACGAUCCAGUCUGAGGCUUCACGUCUCCCUUGCGCUGCUAGAACGAAGGCGAGAUAAAGCCGCGUCUGCUCAAAGGCUGCUCUCUCAUCUGCCUCGGCACUAUCUCGAAGGCCGAUGGACUGGCAUUGAGUGCGCUCUUCUGGCUGACUGCGCACUGCUGCAGGGCGAACUUGGGAUGGCCAAAGACAAGCUGCUGAGCACGCUCGCUCUUGUUCGUGCCGGCAUGAAUUUCGGCAUUCGCAAAUGGUCGCCCCAAGUCGUUCUUCCCGACAGAUCAGAUCAACCUGCCCCGGCGCUUGCGGCUGCACUCAUGAGUGAUAUCUACUCGCUUGCGUCCACGCUAGAGAAAGACUUUGCGGCGAUCAAUUUUCCCACUUUCCGUGUCAGCAUUUCAGCUGAGCAGGGACGACAUGCCCAGGACGAAGACGCUGCAAUCGUUACGCUUGCCAUAGAGAGCUACCUGCCUUGUCAGGUCGACAUUGCAGAGUGUCGCCUCAAAUUCUCGGACGCAGAUGGCGAGUCGUAUUGGUUCUCGUCCGCUGCCUGUAUGCUCCAACCCGGCAAGAACAAGAUCGAUGCUCAUUGCUUCAUGCCCCUGCAUGGUGCAUUUGCGCUAGAGCUCUCGCAAUUGCGCUUUUCCCGCAUCAUCUUCCAGUAUUCGCAUAGACCCUCGGCCGCGUCUGCAAAAGUCUCGCCAUCGCAGUCUACUGUGACCUUUCCACCUGAUCCACAUGCUCUGGAUGUAACACUUGAUGCGCCAGAGCACGUCCAUCUAGAUCGAGGACGAGACAUGAUCGUAUCGCUGCUGACGGGCCGCAAUGCACUCAGCUCGGCGCGAAUACGCUUGCAGGCUCUGCCAGGGAACAGAUCUAUUGAUCUGUCGUCAGCAGAAUCUCUAGCAUCACUCAACGGCGUGACUGCAUCGCGAGAGACGCUGCAGCUGUCCAAAGUCGAUCCGCGCAUCUGCAGUCAAUUCAGAGUUCCCCUGAGUAUUGAUGCCUCAGACAUCGUCGUUCUUGUGGAUUAUUAUGACCAGCGCAAGUCGAAGGUCAGGCGGCAACUGCGAGCUGUGAGGCGUCUGCGGGCUGCUUUACCAUUCAGCGUCAAUGUGCAUGACUUCUUCAGACAUACCUUUGUGCUGUCACGCUUUGCCAUCUCUAGCGACGAUGCAUGCUGCCUCAGGAUACGAUCGGCCACGCUCAUUGGCACAAGCCCCGAUAUUGCUAUCACUUCGUCAGCAUCUCAUUCGAGUGUCGUAUCGCCAGAAAGACCUGCUUCGUAUGUCUUCAAGAUCAACAAGCCAAAUGCGAGCGUGGGCGAGCACGGCAAAGCGAUGCGAUUCGAAAUAGUGUAUCGAUCCAUCGAAGACGAGAUCAAGCUGAUCUGGUCAUGCGCCGUGCGAGGUCGUCUGCAAGAAGCUGGCUUGUCGCUCAUGCAGUUCGCUGUCGACCAAGCUUUCGAACACGCUGUCCAGCUGUGCGUAGACGUGCCCAAAUACGCGUUGACUGGCCACGUCUUCUUCCGGCCUUUUGACGUGUCGCUAUGGGACAGUGUCAUCAGGGAUAGCUUUUUGUCGCUUGCCGACCAGGCUACCCUCACUGCUCUCCUAAGCCACAUGCAUCGACACUCGGAACUCGGUCGAGGUGAUGCAGUCGAUUGUCGAUGGCGUCAUCUGACCAUACCUGUGGAGCUGCCCACGAUCUCGGUCUUAACGCAGGCUUGCCUGACACUCGCAAAUCCGUCUGGGCUUGAGCUCGGUCAAUGUGCAGAGGCAAAUCUGGCGCUCAGCUGCACCUUUGCUUGGGCUGCUCCGAAUGAGCAGACCAAUCUACACGAGCAUGGAACCUGCAUGCGUUAUGAAUUGAAUGCACCAGCAUCCGAUUGGAUUGUCUGUGGUACGCGUAUGGCAACCUUCGACGCUGUGGAGGGCGUCACGCACCGAGCUACCGUCUGGCUGAUCUCUCAACGCGCUGGAAAUCUUACCAUGCCCUCGAUCAUAUGUCGACCUGUGGAUGCUAGCUUGACGAGCGAAACACACUACAUCAAUGCGGCCACUCGAGUCGAAGUACUACCUGAACGCGAGACAGACGUUGCUUCAACGCACACGCUUACCUAUCUAGUCCAUCAUUGACGCUUGCCAUUGUUGUUGUGACAUGCAUGUACAUACAAACGACAUCUAGGCGC